AUAAUUUAAUUAUUAUUCUAUGAUUCAUUCGAAGUGGUUUUGUUUAUUAUUUUUCAUUUCUGACUACAAAGUUUUCAUUAUUGUUGGAAAUGAGUGGUUUUUGUGUUCUAGAUUAAAUUAAUGACUCUAUGAAUUGAAUAAUAUAAAACAUGUCUUUUCCACGAGAUAAUAAACCUAUUCAUAACAAGCAGCAUAUAUUAGAAGUUGAUGAUGGAGGUUCCUUUGGACAAACAAGAUCUCUUAAUAUUGUCGUAAAAAAAGACUGUGAUGGUAGUUUGCUAAUAAAACUGAGAGAUGAAAAUACUUUACUAUUCAAUUAUACAACUGUAAUACAUAAAAACAAUUUCCCUGUCAUGAAAAAAGAACAAUCCUUAGAUAUAGACUUCGAUGAAUUCGAACAACAUCUGUUGGAAAUGCUUUUGUUGAACCUUAGUAAAGAAAUGUUGAUGAAAUGUGAGGUGAAUUCUGAUGGAACUAAAUGCCGUGUAAUAUUUUAUGAGAAGUCAAAAAUUAAAAACUUGAUCCUUUUAUCUGUAGAAAUGGCUAUUACCAGCCAAAAAGAUUUAUUCUCAGAAAUGGAAACAAACAUAAAACAAUUACAGGACACUAAUAGGAGUCUAUCCAAACAAAUCAUCAAUUUGUCUGAUAAACUGACAUUAAAAGAUAAACAGAUAACAGAAAAUAUUAAUUAUAUCAAUGAAUUGGAACAUAAAUUUAGACAGGAUAUGCAAACAGUUAAUAAAGUUUUCUUUUAUUGCUUGAGACAGUGUGAGUCCCUACUCACUGAAAAAGUAAUGGAAGUUUCUAGUAAAAUGGUAAAAGUAAUUUCCGACAUAAAAAUAAUAAGAAAUGAAAAUCAUUUGAAGUCUGAAUCUAAUUCAAGAUUAUUAGAGAGAAUUAAAAAAAUGGGAAUAGAUAAUCUAGAGAAUAUUUCGGUGAUAGAUAAAUUAAAAUUAAAUUGUGCCAGUUUAGAAAAAUUAAAUAAAGACCUUGAAAGAGAUAUUUUUCACCUCACUACAAUCAAUAAAGACAAUGAUAAAAAGAUUUUUGACCUUGAGAAAAAAAUAGUUGAAUACAGUAAUGAUUUGGAGAACUCGGCCAUUGCAAUAGUCAAGAAAACAGAGGAAUAUAAUGAACUCAAAGAAGAUAUGGAACAAGCAAACCAAGUCAUAAGAAAUUAUAAUAAGCACUAUGAUUCCAAAGCACAAGAAGUAGAAGAAUUGAUGGAGGUAAUAAAAUCAAAAGAUGAGUUGAUAAAAGAGCAGAUAUUUCAGAAUAAUCAACUAUUCAAAGAAUUCCACGAAUAUAAAAUGAAGUUUAACAAUGAAGAAACUGAAAAAGUGAUGGUGGAACUCACAAUGGCACAAGAAAAAUUAAAAACUAUUGAAAAGGAAAAAAGGGAGAUGGUGAAAUUAAAUGGUCUUCUUACAAAGAAAAUAUCUGCAACCACAUUCUUCCAGGAUCCAAAGAAUUGAAGACAUAUUGGCAUCCAAUAUGGAUUGUUAUAGAAAAUGUUUAUUUUUGUAUUUUGUUUUUACAGAAUAUAUAUUACUUUCAAAUUA